CUUUCAUGUCAAAAUGACUCGAUACGUUCGCCGUCGUUCCAGGAUAAAAACUGUUCAGUCAGAUUUCAUUCUUCGUUAAACUCAGCAGCUUCCUGUAGCAUCAGAUCAGUGCUGAGUUAGUUUCUCGUUCAUUAGAAAAGAGAAACGUCUCGACCAGUGAGACUUUAUUUACAGGAAAUUCAACAUUACUGGUUUUUAUGGUGCCGCGCCUGAAGAGCAGAACAGAAAGAUCCAGAAAGCCACAGAAUCCAGACAACGGCUGCAGGAUGAGCUCCUUUCGGACUCCGUCACAGCUGGAACCUGACCUGGAAUCCCACCUGGAGUCUCUGGAGUGCCACUUCACGUGGGAUCUGGACCUCAGCAGGUCCAAGCUGCUGUGUCUCCGGGAUGCGCUGGAGGACAUCGGUCCAGAGUUGGGCUACUGCUGGCUGGGCCACAUCUACAACCUGCAGGGCUUCGUCCACCAUCAGCUGGGCCUCCUGGAAGACGCUCGGCGUUUGCUCUGCAGGGCGGCUGAGGCUUUCCGCCAACUGAGGAACACCGUCUCAGACGAAGGCCCCUGGUUGGUGGUGAACUACGGGAACAUGGCCUGGCUGCACCACCAGCUAGGGGAGUGGGCACGUAGCGGAGAGUACUUAUCGAAGGUUGGAGCUCUGAUGACGGAGUACCCGUCUCCUUCUGCGGACGAUCCGCACCCGGAGAUCUGCGCUGAGAAAGCCUGGACUCUGAUGAAGUUCAAUCAGAAGCUGCUGGCUGUAGAUUAUUUCCAGAAAGCCAUCAGGAUGCAACCAGACAUGGUGGAGUGGCACACCAGCCGGGUGCUAGCGUUGGUCGAAGCCUCUAAAAAACAAAACCUGGACUCUGACAUCCUGGAGAAGGUGAAGAUCGCCAAACAGCACGACCCGGAGAACUUGCACCUCGUUGCUCUCUACCUGGAAGCCCAAGCUCAGAAAGGAGCAAGGAUUCACGAUGAAGCACAAAAACUGGCGAGGAAAGUGCUAGCAAAGCCGGUUAGCAGCUACAGCGGCGUGAAACCGUUGCUAAGGCUCUACCGGACCCACGUCUCCAUGGACGAAGCUGUUGAUUUAGCAGAAGAGGCUCUGGAGAGACAACCCAACUCGCGAUACAUCAAGAAAUGCGCCGCAAUCUGCUACAAAAGGAAAGUCUUUUCCCAAAGCAACAAGCACCUGGAUCGCAGCCUAAUGGACAGAGCAAUCAGUCUUCACAAACAAACCAUCGCUCUCUACCCUCACUCCUCCCUUAAGAUGCAGAUAUCUUUGGCAAACAUGUAUGUGAAAUCAAACCAGCGAGUUGAAGCCGAAGAUGCGUUCAAGGAGCUGCUGAGAAGAAACUUGGAUCCCGAAGAGGAGCAGAUGGUUUGCAGCUUCUAUGCUAAAUAUCUGCAGUACAGCCAGAAGGAGAGGAAGAAGUCUGUCCGGUUCUACAUGAGGGCAGCAGCGAUUCCUCACCACAGCUUCUACCGGGACGACAGCAUCAGGCGGCUGGAGAGGAUGAGCGAAGAGAAACGGCAGCCGAUGAGCGGAGACAUAGAACACUUCCUGGUUCAUUUGUCCAUCUGAAAGCCUGAAGUAGUGAGAGAUUCUGCCAUUUUAUAGCAUAGUCAAGUAACAAUGUUACCUUCAAAUGUCAUAAAAAUGUUACAUAUAUAAAAGAUGACUUUAAAGAAAUUUUAUUUCAUAAUGUAACACCUUAAA